AUGGCUGAUUCCCCCAGUUACGACGCAGUUGUUGUUGGAGCUGGCUUCGCUGGUGUCUACGCACUGUACAAGCUGAGGCAAUUGAACCUGCAUGUUCUAUUGAUCGACAACGCAGAAGACGUUGACGACCUACGCAGCUAUCCCUGGCCGAACCACUAUGUUACACAACCAGAGGUGAAAGCCUACCUCGGCAACGUUGUCGACAAGUAUGAUCUCAGGAAACACAUUCAAUUCAAAACGACCCUACUUGAAGCUGAGUUUGACGAAUUGAAGAGCCUGUGGAAUAUUAAAGCUUCAGAUGGUAUUACACUCUCGGCACGAUACCUCGUGACUGGUGUAGGACAACUCAGCAAGAAGAAUAUUCCUGAUAUCAAGAACUUCGGCUCCUUUAGAGGCGACAUAUACCAUACGGCAGCAUGGCCAGAGCAUCAUGACUUUCACGGCAAAAGAGUCGGCGUCAUCGGGAAUGGCUCAACGGGCAGUCAGGUCCUGAUCGAGCUGGCCAAAGAGGCGAAGCACGUUACUAGCUUCCAACGCAACCCGCAGUGGAAUGUGCCCAACGGCAAUAGACUCGUGACCGAGGAAGAGCGUGCACACAUCAACGAACAGUAUGAUGAAAUCUGGGACCGCGUCAAAAAAUCUGCUUUCGGAUUCAACUUCCUUGAAAGCACGACCCCCACUUUCAGCGUCUCGGACGAAGAGCGCAAGAAUAUCUUUCAGAAAGCAUGGGACGAAGGCAAUGGAUUCAAUUUCAUGUUCGGAACUUUCUCAGACAUCACGACUGAUGAGGAAGCCAAUAAGGCUGCCACGGACUUCAUCAAGAGCAAGAUACUGGAGACUGUCAAGGAUCCUCAGACAGCUCGCAAGUUGAUUCCCACUGAGCUGUACGCCAGAAGGCCGAUAUGCAACAACGGGUACUAUGAGGUCUUCAACCAGGACAAUGUGAGCUUGGUUUCGUUAAAGGAGACACCGUUUACGGAACUAACGCCUACUGGGGCUGUUACAUCCGACGGUGUUGAACACCCGCUUGAUGCGUUGGUGCUUGCGACCGGCUUCGACGCUGUCACUGGGAGCUACACGAAGAUCAACAUCCGAGGGCGCGGUGGCCAGACCCUCCAGGAGUAUUGGGGAGACAACCCUAGAUCGUACCUGGGCCUGGCUGUUCCCAACUUCCCAAAUCUAUUCACGAUCUCUGGCCCCAACCAUCCGUUCACUAAUGCACCACCUCAGACCGAGGCGCAAGUCGACUUUCUCGCCAGUGUCAUUGAGCGUGCCGGGACUCGAGGCACUGCGGAGGCCACCCUAGAAGCGGAAAAGGAGUGGACUGAUCUGAGUAACAAGAUCGCCGAGGGAAGUUUGUUCCACAAGACUGGUGGUUGGAUCUUUGGGGAUAACAUUCCUGGCAAGAAGCACAAUGUUCUGUUCUUUUUCGGGGGGUUGAAGGACUAUCACGAGCGACAGGCUGCGAUCAUUGCAGAUGGGUAUAGAGGCUUCAUUAUUACCCCACUCACUUAG